AUGGCGGUCAAGAGCCGAAUCCGGGACAGACGCCAUCUAUUCGACCUUCCCACAGAACUCAUACCUAUCGAGCCUCUUCGUGCUCAGCCCACUCCGCCGGGUCGACGCGACGAGCCUCGCUCUACCUCUCCCCCGCCCCUCCCCUUGGCGUGCACCGCUCGCACCGCGACACGCGGCCUCGUCCCGGGCGGCGGCGCGUACGUCUUCGCGUUCCCCGGUCCGGCGGCGGUGGCAUCCCAGCUGCUUGAGGGAUACAGGGAUUUACGGCUCCCCGCAAGCGGCGCUCGAGAACAUGCCUCUCGCGCUGCUCCAGCACGCCCCCCGGGAGCUGCUCGAAGGCCUGCCGGACUUUUCGUGCUGAAGGCAGAGGACGAGUCGGAUGUUCUGCAGGAUGAGUUCCUGCAGGCGCCGGAGGAGUGGGAGGAAGCUGCGGUACGAGAUCAUGAAGGGGGCAUAGCCAUGUUGGCCCUGCGCUGUUGCUGUUGA